AUGCUAACGCCUAUAACGCCCGGCAAGCUUCUUCACGUCGAGGCGGCCUGCGGCCCGAGCGACUAUGGGGCGCAUUGCGCGGCUGGAGCUCGAGAACUUCAAGUCGUACGGCGGCGCGCACGUGGUGGGGCCCUUCCAGCGCUUCACGGCGCUGGUGGGGCCCAACGGCAGCGGCAAGAGCAACCUCAUAGACGCCAUCUCGUUCGUGCUGGGCGUGCACUCGCGCCAUUUGCGCUCGACGCAGCUCAAGCACUGAUCCACAAGGCCCCAAGUGACGACGACACAACCAGCGCCCGCGCCGCCGCCGUCACGCUCGUCUACGAGCUGGCGGACGGCGAGGCGCCUCCCUCCGCCUCGUGCGCGGCCCAGCAGCAGACGUCACAGUCACCGUCGUCUCAAAACUUUUGA